AUGCCACCAAAGAGCAAUAGCCACCCAGCUACCCAGGCAUUGCACGCCGAUGAUAAGCUGAACUUGGUGACUGAUGUCGCACCUCCAAUUCAUUUGUCCACGACCUUCAGAUUUCCCAGGGAACCGGAGGAUCUAAUUCCCUCCGAAGAUCCCAUUGGCGAUUUCGACGGAAAGAACUUCGUGUACGCUCGAGAGUUCGCACCAAAUGCAACUCGCUUCGAAGCAAUCUGCUCAUCCCUUCUUAAUGGCGAGGCAGUGAGCUACUCAUCAGGACUUGCAGCGUUCCAUGCAGCACUGACUCUCUUAAAUCCCCGUCGAAUUUCUGUGGGUGAAGGGUACCACGGUAGCCAUGAGGUUAUCUCAGUGAUCUCCCGCCUCUCAGGCCUGCAAAAGCUUCCUUUGGACUGUCCUGCCGAGGACUUGCAAGCAGGAGACGUUAUCCUACUAGAAACGCCAAUCAACCCCUUCGGCACAGCCGUCAACAUCCUGGAAUACGCGGCCAAGGCCCGCUCAAGGGGAGCAUAUCUCGUCGUGGAUAGCACAUUCGCUCCUCCAGGCCUGCAAGACCCUUUCCUGCUCGGUGCUGAUAUCGUGAUGCACUCCGGAUCCAAAUACCUCGGCGGCCACAGCGAUCUCCUCUGCGGUGUGCUCGCAACUAAGCGCCCCGAGUGGACAAAAAAGCUAUACGAAGACCGCUCCGCGAUCGGAAAUGUGAUGGGUAAUCUCGAGGGCUGGCUCGGUACUCGGAGUCUGCGUACCCUCGAGGUCCGCGUCCAUCGCGCGAGCCAGAAUUGCGAGAAAUUGGUAUCCUGGUUGCAUGAUGCUCUGAAAGCACAGAAUCCUGUCGUGGGCGGUGAUGAGCAGGUUAUUCAGAUGGUGUUGAAGGAUAUUUCCCAUGCAUCGCUUCAGACUGAGCCAUGGGUGCGCCAGCAAAUGCCUAAUGGCUUCGGGCCUGUGUUUUCUAUUAUUUUGAAGAAUAAAGACUUUGCUCGCUCUUUACCAAGCAAGCUCGAUUUCUUCAUGCAUGCCACUAGUCUGGGUGGAGUGGAGUCUUUGAUUGAAUGGCGGGCGUUGUCGGAUUCUAAGGUUGACCGGAAGUUGUUAAGAAUUAGUGUUGGUUUAGAGAAUUGGGAGGAUCUGAAGGGUGAUUUGCUUCAGGCUUUCAAGGCACUUGUGGAGGGUUGA